AUGUCCGUUGGCAUACCUACAGCUGUGACCGGCGUCAACGAAGCUCCACCCAACCCAGUUCUUCAGCCGGUCACCGUCCUAGCGCCUCGUGGUGGCGUGAGUCCCAUUGUCAACGACAACCGUAUCCCAUGUCUUGUAGAGUUGUGCACUGUCACCUUUGGGCGCACAGCAGAACGAAACCGCCACAUGAAGAAACAUCGGUCCUACGAAUUUAGAUGCAAGCACUCAGGUUGCAACAAGACCUUCUACCGCCCUGAUAAGUUGCGGGAUCAUUACAGGCAAGGUCACAAAGAUGCUGACCCCCUUCUUAACUAG